GUAUUAAAAGCCUUUGCAAUCUGCUGUAGGUCUUAGAUCCAGCAAACCUCACCUGCCAGGAAGCCUACUAGCCUCUAGUCUAUAUUGCUUCCAGGAUUUUACUGCUGAUGUAUGGUAGAUUGGCCUCUGGCAACAUCCCAGAAAACAUUCAAUUAGGCAAUGGCUUCAGAAGAUAGUGAUUCCACCCAUCCAAAGAAAGGAUCACUACCUCUCCACCAGAGCUCCCAGCCUACAGAUAUGGCACCUAGACCAUUACUGCCUCUGCAGAGUAUUGAAGGGAAAGCCCCCUUCCCACCAUCCCGGAGAAGCUCCAUUAUGAGCAUCCUCAAUGCCCCAUUUUCGAGUAGGAGAAAUUCAUUGGCUGCUGGAGGAAGGCGCCUUUCUAUUGGGCCCUGGAUGCAUUGUGGUCGAGUGAGUUUUUCUGGGCUACCACUCUUUGAACCCAUUCAGGAGAUACACUAUGAGAACACCUACAAGACCCAGCCAGAUAAAGGUUGCAGAUUUAAUUCCUCGCGCACACAGCAGAUUCUUGAGUCCGUUCUGGCCAGCUUCUUCAGUGAUGUCAAAUACAAUCCUGCAAAUAGUGGGCAGUUGGUCCAAAACCUGUCAGAGCUUGUCAGGAGCAGGGUCAAAGAUCUAACCCCACCACGCUACAAACUUGUGUGUAAUGUCUUUCUGGGCCAGCUGGCCAACCAAGGGUUGCACAUUGCUAGUCGGUCCCUCUGGGAUGUGGAGAAUGAUAGCUUUGCUUCAGCCACUUUCACAAAUUCAUCGCUUUUUGCUGUAGUCACAGUUCAUGGAUUAUAUUAUGAAUGAAUACAGCUCCUAAAGAUUAACUUCCCUCUCCUAAUUUUAUCUUGCUAGAGAUUAAGAUCAGUCAGAACUGGGGAUGUAUCUGGACAUAGUUUAAAGUAACAACAUACGGUGCAAAAUAUAUGUGCUAAAACCAUAGAGCAUCAAAAGAUAAAACUAAGAAAUCUGCCCCAGUGGUCAACACAUUUCCUUAAGAAUUCUUUUGUUCAAUUGGCAGUUAGAAUUGUUUGGAUCUACAGUAUUACUUAUGCCUUUGCUUGUACAAAAGAUUAUGUAACUUCCUUUAAAAAAAAUAAAUAAACCCAUUGCUCUUCCUUGAACAAAGAGGAUCUUUCAAAAGCAGAUUAUGCUAAAGAUGCCCAAAAUAUAGCUAUAUAAGUAUUUGCUGGAUUUGAGACAUAUAUUGCAAGUGAAAGACCAAAAUAUCAAAAGGCCUCUGCAUGCACCAAGAUUUUUAAAAACCUUGAGAAUGUUUGAGACAUAGAAGCACAUUUUCUUCUCACUGCAUCCUAUGUCAAUGUAAUUUUUUUCCAUUGAGGUCAAAAACCUAAUCCUGUAAACUCAAACGUGGGGAAACCUGAACACAUUCUUGACUUAACUCUUGAAAUUAUAUUUUAACUGAUUAGCUUUACUUCUUUGAAUGAUAAAGUACAAUAUAACCAAAUGUUAAUAAUAAUGGCAGUUAUGCUUUAACACAUUGGGUGAACACUAAUUUAGGGAAAGCUAUGUAUCAAAUAUGAAUUUGUCAUCUCUGCCAACUUUGCUAAAUGGGGGGUAGUGAUGUCCAAACUAUUAGCAUUUAUCAACUAGAAAUGAACAUGCUGAAUGUAAUGCUGAAGAUGUCAUAUGGGGAUUACUCUACAUACAUACAUAAAAUUACUUCAAUCCACUUGAUAGACUAUUGAAAGAAAUGCCUGAACAGGCAAAAUAGAAUACCAAUAUUAGCCAAUCUAACAUUGUCUUUAACUUUAAUAAUUGCAGGUAUGUAUCCAAUCCUGUUCUAGUACUGGGAAGGGAUUUUAGUUACCAAGAAAUGUUACCAAAAAAGGCAGUAAGUUUCUGCCUUGCCAUUGUACUGCUUUCCAUUCUAACUGAUAGUACAUUUUAAUCUUUAAGUCUACAAGAGCUGAGACCACUUUACCAUAAAAAAAACACCUCCCUUUUUCAUCUCAGACCUUAUAUAGAAGACCAGUUCAUGCUAUCAACUUGCCCUUGGCAUAAUUUCCUAUGAAAGGCUCGUCACAGCCUCUUAUCUUCUAACUAUAAUUAAAUUAUUUAAAGUAAUUAAACUUAAUUAAAUCUAAUGUUUAUUUUCACAGAACUUAAACACCUACAAUUGCUUAAAAUAUCUUUGCUAUUGCUAGAAGUUGUUUUAAUUCUCCGUUGAUAGAAUAGUUUGCAUUGCAUAUUAGAAUGUAGAUACUGUGCACAGUUUGUCAGGCGUUAUUUCAAACACACAAUUGAGUGAUAAAUACUGAUAAAAAUAUUAACAUUCUACAUUAAAGCCAGAACCCAUCAGAUAUUCUAAGUCUAUAAUAUCUGCCUUUUGAGUUGCAAAGUAUAAAUUGUAUAAAAAAACUAUUCUGGUUAUUCAGUAAAGAUACCCAAAUAGCUCCACUCUACUCAGAUGACAGUAAAGCAUAAAAAGAAAUUAGUAAAGGAUGUAAGUAUCUCAAAGUAUCUUUCAAAUAUCUGAAAGGUUGGACAUCAGGUUUUUGGUGCUGGAGGUGUAAAAAUGUGAGGUUUCAUUAACCCAAGGGAUAUGACCAUGUGUUCAUUUGAAAAUGGGAAAGCUUGAGUUCUAAUCCUGAAUUGGGCACGAAGCCAGCUGGCUGACCUUGGGCUAGUCACAUUCUCUGACGUGGGAAGGAGGCAAUGGCAAACCACUUCUCUAAAACUUGCCAAGAAAAUUGCAGGGACUUGUCCAGGCAGUCUGAAUGUUGCACAUGAUUGAACAAAAAAGAAAAAAAAAUAAUGUACAUAUGUAGAUUUUACUGGAAAAUCUUCAUAUGAUAAAAGAUGUUGUUGUGAUGUUGUACUAAGCUUUAGAAUCUGUUCAUCAGGAAUUAUGAUUGUACCAAGAAUGGAGGGUGACUAAAAGAAUCAUAUUGAGAAAUUGGAACCAUUAUUUCAGAUAUUGAGUGGUUAUCAGAAAUGAAUAAAUAGAAUAAGCUGGAAGGGACCUUGGAGGUCUUCUAGUCCAGCCCCCUGCUCAAGCAGGAGAACCUAUACCAUUUCAGAUAAUUGACUGUCUAGUCUCUUCUUAAAAACAUCCAGUGAUGGAGUGCCCACGAUUUCUGAAGGCAAGUUGUUCCACUGGUUAAUUGUCCUGUUAGGAAGUUUCUCCUUAAUUCCAGGUUGCUUCUCUCUUUAAUUAGUUUCCAACCAUUUCCUGCCUUCUGGUGCUUUGGAGAAUAAUUUGACUCCAAAAUGUGUGAUCUGUUUUAGAAAAUAUAGAAUUUUCUACUGAUCAAAGGAUGCAGCUAUGUUUCCAUGGCAGAGAUUUUGAUAUAUUUUACAAUACCAUAUUGUACUGAUUAUAUUUGUGUAUUAGUAAAUCAGUGCCUAUUGAUCAGUAUUAAAUGUAAGAAUUUUUCCUUUUCAUAAUUGCAUUCGAGCUUGCUUCUUUACUAUUUUUUAAGUUUGAAGGUUGUUUUGUAAAUUGCAUAUGUAAAGAAUGUUAAAAUAAAAAUUAUCCAGAAAGGGGACAAGAAUCUCCAGUGUGUUGACAUAACAGUGCAAGAGCCUAAUCAAAGCAAUUGAUCACCUAAAUUCCUCCCAUGACAUGUUGCCAGGCAAACUCACGAAGCUCAGGGGGCUGGGGCUUCUCCAGGUUGGCCACAUACUUGGCCCUGGCUUUCAGCUGGCCCCUUCAUAACCAGCCUUCCACAAAAUGGUUAAAAUAAUCUUGCUCAGGUCAGCUUUUGAAUUUUGCUAUUAUCGAGUUUUUCAUCUGGGAUUUUAUCCAUUGACCCGAGUUUUAUAAAGCAGGUAUUUUUGUGUUAGAUUUUUCAUGGGAAUUGGCUAUAAACUGGCAUCUUGGAAGAUGUGCAAUAUAAAAAUGAAUAUACUGCAAUCAAUAAACAGUAAAUGUCUGUUGUUAGCCUCUCCAAAUAAUAGGCAGAAGAAUGCCAGAAGCCUGGUUUGGAAUUUGGAAGCACAGAACACCAAAUCUGUCCACCACUCGGAUGUUUGUUUUGUCAGUUUCUCUUUUAUCAAAAUACUGGUGUAAAACUUUUCUUAUUGUGAAGAGCAUACAGCAUAUU